CCUUCCCCAGUCAUACGGAACUGAAGAACAAUCAUGGGGUGGCCUGAUGGAUGAGUUGGAUUUGAACUAUUCAAUAGACGCAGUGAGAGUCAUCUUUACUGAUACCUUCUCCUACCAUUUGAAGUUUUCUUGGGGACAUAGAAUCCCCAUGAUGAAAGAGCACAGAGACCAUUCAGCUCACUGUCAAGCAGUGAAUAAAAAAAUGAAGUGUGAAGGUUCAGAGUUCUGGGAGAAAGGCUUUGUAGCUUUUCAAGCUGCCAUUAAUGCUGCUAUCAUACAAAUCGCAACAAAUCAUUCAGUGAUGGAACAGCUGAUGUCAGUUACUGGUGUACAUAUGAAGAUAUUACCUUUUGUUGCCCAAGGAGGAGUUGCAACUGAUUUUUUCAUUUUCUUUUGCAUUAUUUCUUUUUCUACAUUUAUAUACUAUGUAUCAGUCAAUGUUACACAAGAAAGACAAUACAUUACGUCAUUGAUGACAAUGAUGGGACUCCGAGAGUCAGCAUUCUGGUAAAUCAUAGACUCCAAUCCAUUAUGCAGCAUAAACAAACAGAACAACUUAGCUGGUUGACUCCUUAGACCAGGGGUCCCCAAGCCCCAGGCCACAAACUGCUACUGGUCCAUGGCCAGUUAGGUACCAGGCCACAUAGCAGGAGGUGAG